AUGACCGUAGAAAUUUUACAUUUAAAACUCAUAUUUUGGGGGUUACUAGCUGUGAUAGCAGUAUAUUUAGCAGUGAGUAGAAGAGAUGGUCUGUCAUAUAAAUUUCAUGAGAUUAACACAAGGGUAAGGAGUCUAGGUGGAUCUGCAGAUCUAAAUAGUUCCUUCAGGGAUGACUUGGAGAGUGGGUUACAUUCGUCGAAUUUUGAUAUCAUAACUCACAAUAAAGAUGAUUCUAGGGCUGGCUUAGAUGACGAAUCAAAGAAAUUAAUCAGAGAUAUCAUGGUAUCAGAAAAUGUAAGUUUUGAUAAAGCUAGAUUGAUUUUCACUGAAAGGAAAUUUGGUGACAAUGAUAUUGCAUCUGAUGGUACACCUUUAGAUCCAAAAGCUGUUACAUUUUCAAGUUAA